UGAGAAAAACUCUCGUGUCGAGGAAAUCUAUUAGAAGUUUUCAGGAGCUGUCAUUGCAGAUCCACAGCAGGAAUAAUAAUGAUGUUCUGCAGAGUGGCUUGGCGAAGACUUGCGCCUCUGGCACGCAAAACACUCACUCCUUUAUCCAGUAAUGCUGUAGUUCCUAUACGACAGAUGUCCUUUGGACUGCCUGUGUCUGGCACAAAUAUGGCUUACGCGGUUCUUUGUGGAAGCUCACUUACAGCUGCUAUUGUUUACGCUUAUAAGACCAUAAACUCUGACAGUGCAAGAUAUAAUGAAAGAAUUGCUCAAAUCGAGGCCAGAACAAAAAGAGCAGUGGCCGAGGUGUCUGUUGUAGCAGAAGCAGCUGCAGUUGUUGAAUCGACAGCAUCCGAACACACCGCUAUCGCUGAAACCACAGCAGUAGAAACUGUCGUAGAGGCGCUGGAAGCAGAGGCUGAAGAGUCUCCAGCUGAAUCUGUGGAUGCAGCAGUGGAGCUUGAAGCAGGAUCUGCUAUUGUACCGGCAGUAGUGGCUGAAGAAGAGGAAUCGGCUGCUCCUGUUGAGGAUGUUGCAGCUGAAGCUGCCGUUGCAGAGCCGACUGGUGAGGAAUCACCUGUAGAGGAAGCAGCAGUCUAGAUGUAAACCCUUUUGUGAAUCUUCCCAGUUCACCUUGGAAUAUCCAUUAAGCUAUAGAAACUCCCAUUGUUGUGCUCCUGAUAGACUUUUUGUCCUCUGAGGAAAAAAAAAGUGCUUUUUUCAAGUUGUGAAGUAAUCCUACUGGUGCGGAGGAGAGGUUGUGGCAAUAGCAAUGCUUAUAGUUUAAAUUUCAAGUGGCCUUCUUCUAGACUGCUUGUUUUAUUGGCCUAUACACAGAAACAAAAACAUAGUCAAAAAGUUCUAUCAAGUUCUAUAAAAG